CCCCCCUCCGCGGGGAGGAGGAGCCGCGGCGAGGGCCGGCCGCCUCCCAUUGGCCCUCCGCGGCGCAAGCCCCGCCUUUUCCUCACAGCCCCGCCCCCUCCGCCGCCAUUUUGAAGCCACCCCCGAGGGGGGGGCCCUGCCCGGCCCCAACAUGGCGCCGGGGGGCCGGCGCCGGCGGCGGGGGCCGGCGGCGGCGCUGCGCUGGUACCAGAUCCCGCUGUCCUCCGCCCGCGUGCCGCGCUCCGGCCUCUUCAGCUACGGCUUCCAGGCCAGCCUGCGCUCCUACCAGCAGCUGCGCGCUCAAAAGCGCCUGCGCGUGGGCCGCCCCGUGGCCCCGCCGCCCCCCGGGCUGCUGGCGCCCUGGCCGCCGCCGCCGUCACCGCCCGGCCUGCGGCGGGCACCGGGCGCGCCUGGGGGGACAGCCCCGCGGCGCCCCAAGGAGCCUCCCAGCACCCAGAGGGGGCUGAGCAGGGGACGGCAGCCACCCGGCCCUGCUCGGCCCCAUGACGAGCAGCGGGACGCGGCACCGCGCCGGGAGGAACCGGGACGUUCCCAGCACAGCCCGGUGCUGCUGGGGGUGGCCGCGGCGAGCCCCGGGGCUGACAGCAGCCGUGGGCAGCACACCACGGCCAGGAGAGCACCACAGGAAGCAGGGGAUGCAGCAGGGGACGCGACGACAGGACGGGAGUCCCCCAGGGAUGGCGAGGACGACCUGAUCCCGCUGCGGGAGCUGCUGCUGUUGGGCAGCGCGCCCCCGAGCCCCGCAGAGCCCCGCGGGCAGGUCGGUCCUUGCCCCGUGGUGCUGAGCCCUCGGCGGGUGCCCGGGGACGUCCUGCCCGGCCCCGGUGCCAAGGUGUUGCCCCUCUGUGCCCAGACCCCGCCGCCGUGCCCGGAGCCGCUCGCCAACAGCCUGGAGGCGCUGCUGCGGGAGAAGAGGGAGCAGCGCCUCGCACCCGCGCUGCCACGGGUGCCCGUGGACGACGGCAGCCUGCAGGAGCCCCCGGGCGACACUGCGCAGCUCCCGGAGGAGCACGGGCUCCUCCUGGCGCUUUUCACCGUGGAGCCGCGGCUCAUCCCCGCCACGCACCCCGGGGAGCCCGUCUUCUGCGCCCGCCCGCUGCCGCCGCCCGCCCUCGACGCCCGCGGGCUGCGGCCUCGCAGCGUCCUGGAGGGGCAGUUCCUGUGUGCUUCGCCCGCCGGCCGGGGGGCGUUUGUCCGCGACGGGCUCCUCAGCCUGCUGUACCGCUCCGGCACCGCCUGCCCGCCGCCCGUCCUGCGCUGGCUCUUCCAGCUGAUGAGCCUGCGGCCGGACACGACCAACGCCUUCCAGGCGCUGUGGGAGAUCUGGCUGAGCGCCGGCGGCGAGCCCUGGUGCCCCACGCUGCAGGACAUCGGGCAGGCCUUCGCUCGCCUGGGCGCCGACCUGGGCGCCCUGCGCCGCCGGCACCUGCUGCCCCCUGAGCUGUGCCCCGCUGUCGGGAGGACCCCGGAUCCAUCCUGCUGCCCGGGACAGGCUCGCCUCGAUGCCACCGGCACGCUGGCCUUGGUGACGCAGCUCGGGGACAUCUGCAAGUUCCUGGAGCUGUGCGUGGCCGCCCAGCCGCGCCGCUACCAGGACCGUGCCCGCCGGCAGCUGGUCGCGCUGCUCUGCUUCCUCGGCCUCGACCGGGCGCUGCGCAGCCAGCCGCUGCCCGACCUGCGGCACCUCCUGCUCUGCCUGCUCGAGGGCAUCGCGGACUGGCAGGGGCAGCUGCCCGCGCUCUGCCUGUCCCUGUGCCGGCUCUCUCAGCACCACCACAACCUGCUGGCCCUCGUGGGGCUGCUGCCGGAUGUCACCGGCAGGGGCAGGGAGCUCCGCAGGCGUCUGAGCCUUUGUGUCAUGGCCCGGCUGCUGGGGGAGCCGCCGGGCACCGUGCUGCCCCUCGGGGCGGAGCUCCCGGCGCUGAGCCGGCUCCUGGAGCUGUCCCGGCCGGACGCGCUGCAGUGCCUGCUGCCCGACGGGCACCCCGAGGACUCCGAGCAGGAGGCCUGCUACCUGAGCCACAGCCUCCUGCGCCUCGCCGACGCCGUGGUGGGCAGCGAGCGGCCGCCGGGUGAGCAGCGGGGCCACCUGGAGCGUCUGUGUGCGCAGCUGGACCGGCACUUCGGCACGGGGCUGCGCGAGGGCUCGGGGCUCCUCGUGCGCACCCAGCUCAAGGGCCUGGCCGCCCUCCUCUACGUCAAGUGGCAGGAGCUGCUGGACUAGCUGGGGGGGGGCGCGCCGAGACCCCCCUGGGGUGCUCGGGGUGGGGGCGCAGCCCCCCGGGGUGCCCCCCACCCAAUAAACCACCCCCCGACGCAUUGACCCCC